AGGGCACCCCAAAUGUCUUGGCCCGGCCUUAUCCCCGGCUUUCACUUCCGGAACCUCGGCUGCGACGACAGCUACAACAGAGCUACAGGCCGCACUCGUAACGCCAGGCGGCAUAUCAAACACCACCAAUACCACCAGCACAAAAAACUCCACCUCUCCUUCUCUACGCGUUGGCGGUAGCCGCCAGCCGCUGCUGCGAUUGCAAACCAGAAACAGAAUCAGGAUGCUGCAGUCAGUGCUCCGGGGUAACUGACUGGCAAUGGAAUUCAACGGAGCGCUCGGUGCUGAGUAUAAUACCAGAUGCGAAAUACAGGAGCCACAAGGAGCUAUUUACACCUAGCCAGCCAUGAUUGUGAUGAGCAUCUGGUGCAGCAGCCUCAGCCUAAGUAGCCGCAGCCUGGCCAUAGCUUUGGUGGUCUGUGUGACUCUGGUCUACUUCUCCUAUAGCUUCAACGCCUGCCUUUUGGCCAGCAUUAGUCGCAGUUUGCAGCAGAGCAACUUACGCAAUCUACUGGCACUCACCUCCUCGGACCGCAACGAGAGCAGUGAUGCGGGUAACAGUAGCACUAAUAGCAGUAACUCCUCCACUACCAGUACUCCUCCGGCUCAGACUGUGACCAGUAGUUUGGAUGGAGCGCCCAAGUAUCAGCUGCUACGGCAGCAGGGCCUGCGACCAUCACGCCACUUGCCCGACACGCUCAUCAUUGGCGUGAAGAAGAGUGGGACACGGGCGCUGCUCGAGUUCAUCCGCCUGCAUCCAGACGUUCGGGCCGCUGGAUCCGAAGUGCAUUUCUUUGACAGGCACUACCAGCGAGGCCUGCGAUGGUAUCGUCAUCAUAUGCCCUAUACCAUCGAGGGUCAGAUCACCAUGGAAAAGACUCCCAGUUAUUUCGUCACCAAGGAGGUGCCGCAGCGUGUCUACCACAUGAAUCCGGCCACAAAAUUACUGAUUGUGGUCCGGGAUCCGGUGACGCGAGCCAUCUCCGACUACACGCAGGCGGCGAGCAAGAAAGCGGACAUGAAGCGCUUCGAGCAGUUGGCCUUCAUCAAUGGCAGCUACUCCGUGGUGGACACCAACUGGGGACCGGUGAAGAUCGGUGUCUAUGCCCGUUUCCUGGAACGCUGGCUACUGUACUUUCCGCUUUCGCAGCUGCUAUUUAUCAGCGGGGAGCGACUGAUUAUGGAUCCCGCCUAUGAGAUUGGACGAGUCCAGGAUUUUCUUGGACUGAAACGUGUGGUCACGGAGAAGCAUUUCUACUUCAAUGCCACCAAGGGCUUUCCCUGCCUCUUCAAGUCGGAGGCUAGGUCCACGCCCCAUUGUCUGGGUAAGACCAAGGGUCGCAAUCAUCCGCACAUAGAUCCUGGAGCAAUCGAGAGGCUGCGGGAGUUCUACAGACCCUUUAACAACAAGUUCUACCAGCUGACAGGCAUCAACUUUGCCUGGCCAUAGGAUCUAAAGGCUGGGUGAGUAGAUGAAAGGAAACCUAAAAUAUUGCGAUGGAAUUAUCAAGCAAAUGAGAGGCAUAAUUACAUAUGUGAACUUAAUGGAGUUAGAAAAAUAAUGAGAUAUUGUUGUUGCUGGCCAGGCAACGGACUGAUAUUGUUGAUUGCAUUUUUGAUACAUAUAAUUGUACUUACAUAUAUAUAUAUACAUAUAUAGUAUAUACACAUGUAAAAUUAGUGCUCAAUUAAUUGUAGCUUUAUCAGGAGACAAAUUCAACGAAGUGCGCUCUUUACAAAGUCCGCACUCAAACAAUUACGGUUCCUCACUCCAAAAAAAACUCGAAAAAUCAACUCACUUUUCCCCCUUCCCCCACUAUAUUGUACUCGAAAAUCAUACAGUACGAUGGGAAAUUAAAUUUUCCUACCCACUGUAUGUGUUUGUGCACACACUUAAUGCUAUAUACUACCACAUAUACCUAAGAUAAUUAUGUGCAUUUAUAUACAAAUAGUGAACAAAUAGAGCUUACUACGAAAUUCCUACAGUCUCCUAUAAAAGUAUAUAUAUACAAUAUAAUAUAAAUAGUUCCAAGAAUUUCAAUUGCAUGACUCAACCAAUACAAUUGCUUAGCUAAUUUCAAUUAAAAACACAACCUAAAUAAAUCGACUUUAACUAAAACUUGCGAGCUGAACUUAUAUUAAUUAUGGAUAGCAAAGGUUU